AUGAUGCACCAAGUUCGCGACGUGCUCGCCUUCCCUGGAGGUGACAAUUCCUCCGACACCGUCAUCGGCGGCGUGCACUUUAACCUCUCGACCCUCGCCUUCUGGAACUACUCGCUCUACACGAAUGGCACCGUAUCUAACGGAUCCAAGUGCUAUCUCACCUUCAAACCGUACACGCCUGUAUUUCUGUUCCCGAACGGCACAUUUCUCAAUGCAACGUCGUGUUACUCGCCCGUCUACGGGAUCAAUAUGCGCGCCGGUGUCGGCAUCGGAUUCGCCUGUCUGUUCGGUCUCGCUCUGGUCUUGACGCUGGUCAAUCUCACGAAACAUGGCCGGCUGCAUCUGCCUGCGGAGAAGCGGUUCUAUCCGAUUGGCAGGAGAUGGCAGUGGUACUGGGGGUCGUUUGUCUGCGCGACGGCGAUGAUCAGCUUGUUUACCGCAGUUGAUGUCGACCGGUACUAUCUCCCGCAGCUGCCAAUCAUCUUAACAAGUUUUUUCUGGUUUCUCAUGCAGAUGGGCAUCAUGGCCCUCGUCUGGGAGGCAGUUCGACACUGGGGUAGCUGGAUGGAGCGGCAAUACGUCGAUCCCGACCCGUUCUCCCUCCGGCAAGAAGGCCGUCGCUACUGGGUUGAGUUCUGGCUGCCUCUGAUCUUCUACCUAUUCCUCUGGCUCAACUUCUUCAUGAUCGUCCCACGCUCCUGGACACCCAUCCAACACCAGCGCUCCCCCGAACAAACCCUUCUCUCCGCCGCGCCCACCGCAACCGAUGUCCGCUUCAAAAUUGCCUCUUUCUUCCUCUGUGUGUGCUGGCUCCUCACCGUUUUCUCCCUCGCCCACUCCAUCAAGCACUAUUCCCGCCCACACUCCCUCCUUCAAGCCCUCAAAUCCAUACCUUUGCGCUUCGUACUGAUCCUCCCUCUCGCCGCUGUCGUCCCUGCUUAUCAGGCCCUCGUCGCCUUUCAUUUUGCUUAUUCCCCUUUGAGAGUCGAUGGUGACAAGGCGGCUAUCUUUGCAGGGGGGUAUGCGCCGUCCCUUCUCAUUCUCUACAUCCAGGCCUUCUUUGGGUUUGUCACGCCCAAUGAGGACCUUGAACUACGGCGUCAGCGCCGCGAGCGCGGUGUUGCCCUCGAUCAGGAAAUGGGCGUCGUGCGCAAGCCGGCGUGGUGGCGGCUUGCAAGUGGGGAUGUCCUCAACCCGGGAAGGGCAACUUCCGGGGAGAGCAUGCGCGAUUGGUUGACCCGGAACGCAAGACAAGUUGUUGGGGAGAGACCACGCACCGAUGUUAAUGGAACUUCCCCUGAUGGGGUGGAACAAGACGCUGGUCGUGCCCCUGUCAACCUAGAAAUGUCACCGCUUUCACUGGCAGCUUCACACCCGAAUCAUCCCCCCCCACAGUACACAGGUCACUCGGAAGCCCGACAUCGCGAACGCACGCUGGAACUAGCUGCUGAAGUACUCUUCCCGCAUGCACAGGGGAUAUUGGCAGAAGAGAGGGAGCGCAGGAGGAGGGAGUUAAUGGAAGAUGGCCCCCCGCCGCCGAGUUACUUGGAGGCAACGAGAGAGGGUGGCAGGUAUCAGGACCAUCCUUCCGGAGGCGCGGCUGUGGGGAGUGGGAAUCCGAGGAGUGGGAGUGUGGGUGGGCAGAGUACAAGGUCGACUGCGGGGCAGCCGAUACAAGUUAGGAGUAUGUUGGAUGUGUAA